UGUUUAUCAGUCAAAGCAUUGUUGGUCUCUAGUGGUAUUGUCUCCUAAGAGAGGCGUUCACAACAGCGAGGAACUUCUGUAAAGCAGCCUGGACUUCAGGGGUGAAUGCAGCUCCCAGUUGUGCAGCGACAACAAUGCUCACAGAAGUUUGCUGCAAAGUCAUCCUUCCACAAUGAGCCUCACUGCCAAAGACAAAGCUGCCGUCAAGGACCUCUGGGCCAAGGUCUCAGGAAAGGCUGAUGACAUUGGUCACGACGCUCUUUCUAGGAUGCUGGUGGUUUAUCCCCAGACCAAAACCUACUUUUCUCACUGGAAGGACCUGAGCCCCGGUUCAGCCCCCGUGAGGAAUCACGGAAAGGUUGUGAUGUCUGGCGUUGCUCAGGCUGUCGAGAAAAUCGAUGACCUGACUGCUGGACUCCUGAGCCUCAGUGAGCUUCAUGCUUUCCAGCUUCGUGUUGAUCCUGCCAACUUCAAGAUUUUGUCCCACAACAUUCUCGUGGUUUUGGCCCUCUUGUUCCCCACUGAAUUCACCCCUGAUGCUCAUGUGGCUAUGGACAAGUUCCUCUCUGCUGUGGCUCUGGCUCUGUCCGAAAAGUACCGAUAAGCACUUGAUAGUGUGUUCACUUCAGGCGCGUCAAAAGAAUGCUAGCAUGAAUUUUCUGUCUUUCUGUGAUGCAAAAUAAAUGCUUGU